AUGAUGGAGGGAGUCAUCAUCAAGACAGUCAACUGUAACAUCCUUCCGGUGCCUAGCUGCCAUGCCACCCGGAGAAAGCACGAGGGCUGGGAUACUGCCAGGUCGCCCAGGCCUAGACAGAGGAAAACUGGUGGCAGAGGUCGGGUUCGAAACACGGACCUUUCGGUCAAGCACGAAUUUACCGACCGGAAUGUCCGCGGUUUGAACAUGACCUUCGCCUCUCGGCAUCCCUGCAGAGGCUUGGGCAACAGACAGUAUCCAAGCCCUCAUGCUGCAUACUGGUGGCAUGGCACCUCGACGCCGUCUGUCAAGCCGUUUUCCAUGUCUGCACCCUGUAGCAAGCUUGUCAACAAGCCGCAACUGCUCUCACACUGGACUUGCUUGGCAUUGGUGUGUGCUGUGUAUCAAAAACAAGAAUUCAAGAUACAGACACGGUGGUUGAGUGAAACCGCCCCAUCGCUCUCACGCGAUUCCGGCUACUCACCUCUGGCGAUCCAGAGACUGCUGCGGCAGGAUGUGAAGGGGUUGGCAUUGCCCCAAGUCACCAGGCGGAGGGAUCGUUGCCCCAGUGGAUAUCCAUUGGCAGAAAACUCUGUGCGGUCUGAAUGA